AUGACCGAUCUGAUCACAAAUCUUGCCAUUUGCACAUAUGCCCAGCACCGCCGCUCCCUCGCUUCUGGUGCAGCUCAUGAGCUCAUAGUCAAUCACUCCCUCUCCCAAAUCCCCGCUCGCGGUCAUAACGCGACCAGUCCCCACGCCCACCAGAUCCUGAUCCGCAACCGCGCCAUUGCCACCAACCCCUCCGAUGGGAAGAUCCAAGACCCCAACGUCCACGUCAAAUCCUACCCCGCGAUCCUCGGCAGCGACAUGGCGGGCACCGUCGAAAGGAUCAGGUGUCCCCGUGACCCGAUUCGGGAAACGAGACCGCGUGUCCGGGUUUGCGAUUUCCACGCUGCGGGAUGGUGUGGACGAGGGCGCGUUUCAGGAAUACGUCCCCGUGGAUGCGGCAUGCUGCGCCAAGGUUCGCGUUAG